UGGGCAUUAACAUAAUCACUGGCGACUGGUUUCGUUUGUGAACUUGAAGGCUCCUCACUGAUUAUUUUACUUUGAAUUUCUAAAAUCAAAUUCUUGAUGUUGAUCGCAUCCAUAACCAAUUUACAUAUAGAUUCUUGAUGCAGUGUAAAUAUUUUUGGGUUUAGGGUUUGAAAAUGGGUUCGGAAUCGCGAUCGGCGCAGAUAUCAGUUUCGUCGCCGGCUUCAUCUUCUUCGCCGAGCGGGAAACGAAACAGAGAUCCCGAAGACGAAGUGUAUCUCGAUAACCUCCGUUCCCAGAAACGUUAUCUUAGCGAGAUAAUGGCUUGCAGUUUAAACGGACUAACAGUCGGAGACUCACUUCCCGUCAACAUGUUAGAGUCUCCAGCUCGGUCUGAGAGCUUUCUUUAUCACAGGGAUGACUUGCCAUUGCAAUACUCUCCCAUGUCAGAAGACUCUGACGAAGCGAGAUUCUUCGAGGACCCAACAACAACAACAACAAGCAAUAGUCUCGAGAGCCGCCCAACAAGUCCGGUUUCACCUUACCGAUACCAGAGACCUCUUACUUCAACAAACCCGUCGUCGUCAACAAUCUCACAUACAUCCAUUAGCACCAAUGCUGCAACAACAACUACUGCUACUACUACUCCACAGUCUCGCCAAAGAGGAUCAGACACAGAAGGAAGGUUUCCAUCAUCGCCUAGCGAUAUCUGCCAUUCGGGUGACUUGAGGAGAACCGCUCUGCUCAGGUCUGUUCAAAUGAGAACACAGCCAUGUGGUCAUGCUUCUUCAAGUUCAGGGCCAAGCAACAUGGACGGUGAAGAGAGGAUGUGCUUUAAGUCUAUGGAAGAAGAUAAUAGAGUGGAAGAUGUCUCUCACUCUCAAGUCUCUAGUAAGAGCAAGUCUUGUAAAGCAUUGGACAUGAGACUAUGUGAAAGAGACUCAACUUAACAGAGACUAAAGCCUUUCAUUUACUUAUCUCAGUCUCACAAAAACGAUUUCUUCUAAUCUUUAUGUAAUUAAGUAAAGUUUCUCUAAACACAAACACUGAGAAGCUGCCAAUUGCACAAAAUAUAUUGGAUCUGACAAAUUGUAGUAA